CCCCCCUCACGUGACCGCGCACGUAUGCUGCCGCGUCGUGUGUAUGUGGUGACGUCACGUUCUCGCCCAGCAACGCGAGCGGGAUCGCGAAUGGCGGCGCAGAGAGGGGAGUUCAAACCCAACGGAGGCUCGUCCUGCCCGUGACUCGGCAACAUGAAGCGGAUGAAGACGGCCCGGGCCCCCGCGGCCACCGGAGCUGAGGGGGAGGACGACGAGGAGGUCGUGCAGGGCCCGGAUCUGGCGGACGUGGAGGAUUCUUCAGCAAAGGCGCUGGUCAGUCUCAAAGAAGGAAGUCUAUCCAAUACUUGGAAUGAUAAGUUCUCUCCUCAAAAAACCCUGAGCUGGAAAGGUGGGAACAGCCCAGUCUCUGAGUUGCCACAUCGGAGUUCUAAAAGAAGCAAACUUAUAAGUGAAGAAGAGGAUCGCCAGAUAAACACCAGAUCACCAAAAAGAAACCAGAAAACUACCAUGACACCACAGAAGUUUACAGCGACUACAACCACACCAGUGAAAAAAGCAUCACAGAAAAUAGGUUACAGGCUCCGAAAUUUAUUAAAGCUCCCCAAGGCCCAUAAAUGGUGUAUAUACGAGUGGUUUUAUUCUAAUAUUGACAAGCCUCUCUUUGAAGGUGAUAAUGAUUUCUGUGUUUGCCUAAAAGAAUCUUUUCCAAAUCUUAAGACAAGAAAACUAACCAGAGUGGAAUGGGGUAAAAUCCGGCGACUUAUGGGGAAACCUCGAAGAUGCUCUGCUGCUUUCUUUGAAGAGGAGAGGUCCGCUCUAGAGCAAAAGCGUCAAAAGAUCAGACUGCUGCAGCAGAGGAAGGUGGCAGAUGUUUCACAGUUUAAAGACCUUCCAGAUGAGAUCCCCCUUUCCCUGGUUAUAGGAACGAAAGUUACAGCCCGGUUGCGUGGGAUGCAUGAUGGCUUGUUCACUGGUCAAAUUGAUGCUGUAGAUACCCAGAAUUCAACCUACAGGGUCACCUUCGACAGAAAUGGCCUCGGCACUCAUACCAUCCCAGAUUAUGAAGUGUUGAGUAAUGAGCCCCAUGAGACUAUGCCCAUUGCUGCCUUUGGUCAAAAACAGCGGCCUUCCCGAAUGUACAUGACUCCUCCACGGUUACAUCAUCCGCCUCACGUCCAGUCACCCAUCCUGGAAUUGGAUCCCUUGUUGGCACAGUCAUCUUGGAAAACAAAAUCGUCCAGUUCGGACGGCGACACUAUAGGUGGAUUUCCUGUUGAGUUCCUUGUUCAGGUGACCCGUUUAUCGAAGAUCUUGAUGGUUAAGAAAGAACAAAUCAAAAAGCUAAAAGACAUGAAUACAGAAGCUGAAAAACUGAAAUCCUACUCUGCACCAAUCGGCAUUGAGUUUCAGAGGCAGUACGCCACAAUUGUUCUCGAACUAGAGCAGCUGAACAAGGAUCUUAACAAAGUUCUUCAUAAAGUCCAGCAAUAUAGCUCUGAGCUUGCACAAGAUCAGGGACUUCAGCCAGCGAAUCAGCCAACCAACAUGAGACGGCGCUGCGAAGAAGAGGCUCAGGAGAUGGUGCGUCAAGCUAACACGUCCAGCGGGCAGCCAUGUGUGCAGAAUGAGAGCUUGACAGACCUCAUAUCCAGACUCACGGCUAUCCUCCUACAGAUAAAAUGCCUUGCGGAAGGAGGAGACCUCAAUUCUUUUGAGUUCAAGUCUUUAACAGAUUCAAUUAACGACAUAAAGGAUUCGAUAAACCCUUCUAAUAUCAGCUGUUUUCAGGACAACGUUGAGAUCCACGUGGCACACAUUCAGAGCGGACUGAGUCAGAUGGGAAACCUGCAUGCCUUCUCCGCCAAUAACACAAACAGGGACUGAUAAAUCCGCCCAACGUUUUAACUUCCAGCCGGACUUGUCUGUAACUCACAGAUGACAAACUUUUUUUGUUUGUACUAAAGAAAAAAAAUAUAUAGAAAAUAACGGGAAAAAAAAAGAGAAAGCGAACCAGCAUUACGGACCUCACCUAUUUUUAUUUACUUCGUCCUAUGGAUACACGAGUGCAUGGAAUAGCUGUUAGCAUUGCCGAGCCACAAUCAAAAUUGCACCAAUUUUUUAUUUUUUUUGCAAGUUGGAAAGAAAAUGGAACACCCAGUGAUCCCUGCAGACGGCCUUCCGUCCUCCUGUCAUCGAGAUGGACUGGAUUCUCCUGCUUUAGUUCCUCCAACAUGUAGAUGGCGCCAUAGCUGCAGCAGCUGAGCUCUAGAGCUAUUCUUGAUCACUUGUAAGUGAAGGAUACACAUAAAAAAUCUAGGGAAAAACCCUUGUUUUUUUGUUUUUAUCUUAAAGCUUAAACCUCAUACAAGACAAAGUUCUGAAACUUACUCAUAUACUUUGUGUUUUAGUUCCUCCCAUUUUCAUGAUCUCUGCUUGCUGCUCUUUGAUGUUUUAAUUCCAGCAACAUAAAAAAAAAAUCUAUAGAGUCUUUACAGCUGCUGAUCUGCUACAAUUGUAUCCAGUAAAGGCUCAAUACAUCAGCUGCACAAAGGUUCCCAUUCACUGACGGCAAGUAUGGAUCUUAGAAUAUGGAGAGAAAUUGAAAAGCAAAAUGAAUUAGAAAGUUGGGUGUUUGUAUAUGUGUGAAUAUAUAUAUAUAUAUAUAUAUAUAUAUAUAUAUAUAUAUAUAUAUUUACAGUGGUUAAAGUGUGCAUCCAACUUUGAACACCUUUUUUGGGAUCUGUGAAAUAGUGACCAGAUUUGGGAGUACACUUUAGUUUUUUACAAAUAAAAGUUAAGUAUAGUUUCAGUUUAGACCGACUUUGCCAGUAAUAUUAGUUUUAAUAAAUUGAUCACUCUAAUGCAAUGUUUCCCAACCAGUGUGCCUCCAGCUGUUGCAAAACUACAACCUCCAGCAUGCUAAGCCGCAGGUAUCAUGGUCUGGUCAGUGAACGGGAGACCAACAUCAAUGCUCAAAGCAGUGUUUCCCAACCAGACGUGCCUCCUGCUGUUACAAAACUACAACCACCAGCAUGCCUGUACAGCCUUUGGAUGCCUGGGCAUUUUGGGAGUUGUAGUUUUGCCACAGCUAGAGGCACGUCUGGUUGGGAAGAACUGCUCUAAUGCACAGUUUUUUUUAAUCCCCAACUACAAUUUUCAUUCUCCACUGAAGGCUACAGUCUGUUGUGGCAUUAUGGGAAUUGUAGUUUUGCAACAGCUCUAGAGCCACAGAUUGUUUAACAGUAAUGAAAUGUUAAGCCAUUCAAUCCCGGCAGCAGCUGGAGACACAUUGACUGUAAGGGGUCCUCCAAUUCUUUCUGGUUCUCUUUCCCCACCCUCUCUACAUCAUCAGGGGUUAGUUCCAAUGCUUGGGGGAAAUGCAAGGGAUCCGAUUGUUCCGCUAAAACUGUAAGGGACAUUCUAUUCAAAGAGGUGCAGAGUCAGCUGCCGAGAUGCUUUUAUGCUGUCGGCUCUAUAUAAGUUAAGCUUGAGUAACAUCUGCAAGUUUGAUUCCUAGGGAUACAGCCAAAGGCCUGCUGGGAGUUUUAGUUCGCUGUGUGACCCAUAGAGUUAAAUGAAGCUUCACCACACGUGUCAGACCAUUGGUCCAUUCAGCCAUAACCUGAUCGGUUAGACACUGAAAAAAUAUAUUAAGAAGCAGAUUUAUGGAAAGUGAAGGCCCCCUUUAACAAAUAGCUAAGUAUAUUUUAGAGUUUCUCCAAAGUUGCACUUAAUAGGAGUCAAGUUAUAAUAGUUUAAUACAGUUUCCCAAGCUGAUUGCCUCCAGCUGUUGCAAAACAACUCUCAGCAUGCUAAGCAGCAGGUAUCAUGGUCUGGGCAGUGAAUAGGAGACCACCGACAAUGCUCAAAGCAGUGUUUCACAACCAUUGUGCCUCCAGCUGUUGCAAAACUACAACUCCCAGCAUGCUAAGCAGCAGCUAUCAUGGUCUGGGCAGUGGAUGGGAGACCAAUAAUGCUCAGAGCAGUGUAUCCCAACCAAUGUGCCUCCAGCUGUUGCAAAACUACAAGUCCCACCAUGUCCGGACAGCUAACAGAUAUCCGGGCAUGCUGAGAGUUGUAGUUGGGAAAUCCUGCUCUGAGCAUUGCUCUUGGUCUCCCAUCUACUGCCCAGACCAUGAUACCUGCUGCUUAGCAUGCAUGGAGUUGUAGUUUUGCUACAGCUGGAGCCACCCUGGUUGGGAAACACUGCUUUAAAAACGAACCAUGGUGCUUCCAGCUGUUGCAAAACUUCAACUCCCAGAAUGCUAAGCAGCAGGUAUCAUGGUCUGAGCAGCGAAUGGGAGACCAACAACAAUGCUAAGAGCAGUGUUUCCGAACCAGGGUGCCUCCAGCUGUAGCAAAACUACAACUCCAUGCAUGCUAAGCAGCAGGUAUCAUGGUCUGGGCAGUAGAUGGGAGACCAAGAGCAAUGCUCAGAGCAGGAUUUCCCCAGCCAGGGUGCCUCCAGCUGUUGCAAAACUACAACUCACAGCAUGCCCGGACAGCUGAUGGCUGUCUGGGCAUGCUGGGAGUUGUAGUUUUGUAACAGCUCGAGGCACCCUGGUUGGGGAAACACUGGUUUAUUAGUUUUUUAGUCAUGAUCAGUCCAUAUUUAUAGGACCCCAGGCGUGUCAUGGCAGACGUUACCAGAGGACUGGGCAGCAGUGUCACCAUCUUGCCGAUUGUGGCCGUUAACACGGUAGAUGAGAUUUAUUGUUUGGUGUAUAGCAGUUAUCUGAAGAAGCAUUGCAGAGCGCAUGUAUAUGUGUGUCCCCCUGAAAUUUUUAUUUUGUACAAAGUUGUGUAUUGGGGUGAGAGAGAUGAACGACAAAUUAAAACAUUUCACGUUUGUUUUAAGAGCUAGCUAUAGGUAAUGUUCUCCCCUCCAAUAUUUUAGAACCUACAAAUAAUGAAGUAUUUUAUGGUAUUGUACAGAGCCUCGCCCUGAGGUGCUUGUAUAGUUUAAAAAGAAAAACAAUAUUCUAAGA